AUGGCGAGCAAAAGAAAGGCAUUGGAUUCCAUAAUGGGGCAACCUGCCGCCUCAUACAAAAAGUUGCCUGGAUAUUUGUAUACAUUGGAUAAAACAUAUCCUGGUUCACAUAUUCGAAUGAAGAAAACUCCUGAAAACAAAUUUUUGUAUUUGUUUAUAUCAUUACAUGCUUUUAUAAAGGGAUUUGACUAUUGUAGGCCAAUCGUUGUUGUAGACGCCUGCCACCUAAAAUCAGCAUACACAGGUGCUUUCGUUUCAGCCAGCACUUUAGAUGGAGCAGGAAAUAUAUUACCUUUGGCCUACGGAGUUAUCGAUUCUGAAAAUGAUGCUUCUUGGACGUGGUUUUUUGAACAGUUCAAAGAAGCGUAUGGAGAAAGAGAGAAUAUGUGUGUAGUAUCUAACAGACAUGAAAGCAUUAUAAAGGCUGUUUCUAGAGUAUACACUAAUAUGCAGCAUUACGCCUGUAUAUGGCACUUGUGGGCCAAUAUAUGCAAGAAUUUUAGAAAAUCAAAUGAGCAAUUAAGUGAGAUAUUCUAUGCUAUGGCGAAGGCAUAUACGCAGAAUGAGUUUGAUAGGCUAAUGAAUAAGGUUGAGCAAGUUGAUAUUAGGGUGAAGAAUUAUUUGGAGUUUGCGGGAUAUGAGAAGUGGGCAAGGUUGUAUGCACCAGUUCAUUGUGGUUGGAUGAUGACAUCAAACAUUGCAGAGUCUAUUAAUUCAACUCUGGUAGCAGCAAGAGAAUUACCGAUAUUUGACUUUCUUGAACAAGUGAGGUUAAUGUUCGCUAGAUGGAAUUGCAAAAAUCGAGAAAAUGCAUCCUUCACAUUCACUCCUCUUGGUAAAAAAUUUCAAGAGAUGCUUGUACUUAAUGCGGAUAAAUCUAUACGUAUGAUGGUUGUCCCAUCAACUGACUACAUUUAUUCGGUGAAUGACAAAGGAAAAAGUUUUAUCGUAUGCCUUGAAAACAAAAGUUGCACUUGCAAGAGGUUUCAAAUGGACGGAAUUCCAUGCCCACAUGCUUGGGCGGUCUUGAAUAACAAAAAUAUGCUUCCAGAUGCAUACUGUUCAGACUUUUACAAGCCAAAAACAGUGUUGAAGACAUAUGAGGCGCCUGUGUAUCCUCUUCCUGAUGUAACUGAAUGGAACGUACCUGAACAUAUUGCUGAAGAAAUCGUGUUGCCACCGAGAUACAAGAGACCUCCAGGCAGGCCAAAGAAGCAACGGGAUAAAUCAUUCAGCGAGUUGAGUAAAAGAAAGGGUACCAAUUCUUGUAGUAGGUGUGGAAAUCGUGGUCACAAUAAGCGUUCAUGUAGAGCUGCACCACGUAAUGUGUAG